UGCCCAAGCGCAGCUCAGCCAUGCACCCUCCGCUCUCCGUCGCAGGGCUCGGCCUCCUCCCGCUGUUCCUUCUGGGCCUAGCGCAGGACACCCCAAACGCGCAGGAGAUGAAGAUGUAUUGCAAAAAAGCUGUGCCAGGCACCAUUUACGAGUAUGGAGCCCAGACCCUCACCGGCCAGGAGUACAUUCAGUUCACGCAAUACUCGGGCAAGCACAUCCUUUUCGUCAAUGUGGCCACAUACUGCGGCCUGACUGCCCAGUAUCCCGAACUGAAUGCGCUGCAGGAUGAGCUGCACAGUUUGGGUGUUGUUGUAUUGGGCUUUCCCUGCAACCAAUUUGGAAGACAGGAACCAGGAAAGAACUCAGAGAUCCUCUCUGGGCUCAAAUACGUGCGCCCAGGCGGUGGCUUUGUCCCCAAUUUCCAGCUCUUUGAGAAAGGGGAUGUGAAUGGAGCCAAUGAACAGAAGGUCUUCAGCUUUCUGAAGAACUCCUGCCCUCCAACCUCUGAACUUUUGGGGUCACCAGGGCUGCUCUUCUGGGAGCCCAUGAAGGUCCACGACAUCCGCUGGAACUUUGAGAAGUUCCUGGUGGGGCCAGAUGGAAUUCCUGUCAUGCGCUGGUUCCACCAGACUCCAGUCAGCACAGUGAAGUCUGACAUCCUCGAGUACCUGAAGAGGUUUGGAACCCAGUAGGGAGGGCCAGCCGUGGCAAAAGUGGCCCUCCUGCCUCCCCACCCCAAGCACAAGUGCAAGCAAGGCCAUCUUUGUUCCCCAUCCUUCCUGCCAGUCUCCAUGUCAUCAGAGCCUCUGCAUGUGUGAGCCACCAUCUAGACACAUAUGUAGGGGUGUGUGUGUGUGUGUGUGUGUGUGUGUGUGUGUGAAUUAAGGGAACAAACCUUACCUACCCAAAUCUCUGAUCCUGCGAUAUCAAGUUUCUCCCAAUCACACUUGAGGGCAGUGACUCAGACACCCCAGUAUCUCGAAACAAGCAGCCCCAGAAAUUACUGAAAGCAAGGAAAGCAGGACCCAGGCUCUCUGGGGCCUCCCCAGCCACCCCCAGUGGGAGUCUGAGGUACGAAGGGAGGGCCUGAAGUCCCUGGGUUGGACCCUACAGAACCUUCCCUGGUUCUUGUCACAGACCCAGGCAGGGAUGUCUCUCCAUUCUGAUGGCAUUCUACUCACCCCAAGUCCCUCACUAUAAACUCCUUCCUGUCACUGUCUCAUAUUA